AUGUUAUCGUCAAACAUCAAGCUGGGGUUUUCCCUUGGCCUUGCUGCAAUUCUCCCUUCAAUUCAUGCUUUCCAAGCUUCUGAAGCUUCCGAGGGAGCGACCUGCCGUUGCUUUCCCUCUGAUGAAUGUUGGCCCUCAAUUUCCACUUGGAAUGCCUUCAAUGAGUCGGUCGAUGGGCGUCUUGUGGCUACUGAGCCCCUCGCCACCCCUUGCCAUGUACCCUCGUACAAUGAAAAGAAAUGCAAGGCUUUGAAGGAAGGCUGGCUUUUGCCUGAGGAACACUACCAAUCCUCCUCGUCUUUCAUGGCCCCAUUCUUCACAAACGGAACAUGCGACCCAUAUCACCCCAUUUCUAAACCAUGCACUCUGGGUAACUUCGUCCAUUACGCAGUCAAUGUGUCGUCGCCUGACCAUGUGGCCAAGACAAUGAAGUUUGCGACACAGCACAAUAUCCGCUUUAUCAUUCGCAACACCGGUCAUGACUACAAUGGGAAGUCCACCGGUGCGGGUGCUCUUUCAGUCUGGAUGCACCACCUCAAGGAUAUCGACCUCAAGAACUGGAAGGACAAGCAUUACACUGGCAAGGCUUUCAAGCUCGGCGCUGGGGUCCAGGGAAUUGAAGCCUACGAGGCGGCUCACAAGUAUGGACUUCGAAUGGUUGGUGGAGAGUGCCCUACUGUCGGUCUUGCAGGUGGAUACAGCCAGGGAGGCGGUCACUCUUCCCUUUCUUCUAAGCAUGGACUUGGUGCAGAUCAGGUCCUUGAGUGGGAGGUUAUCGAUGGCAAUGGCAGGUACCUCGUGGCGAAUCGUGACCAAAACACCGAUCUUUACUGGGCUUUGGCCGGUGGCGGUGGUGGUACUUACGGUGUCGUUUGGUCCAUGACUUCCAAGGCUCAUCAGGACAGCAAGGUGUCUGGCCUUAAUCUUACAUUCACCACUGAUGGUAUCUCCGACGAGACCUUCUUCAAGGCCGUGGAGCUCUACAACACCUACUUGCCUUCAAUUGUCGAUGAAGGUGUCAUGAGUCUGAACUUUCUUACCAAUGCCUCCUUCGCCAUCUCUCCUAUGACCGGGCCCGGUGUUCCGUUGAAGAAGCUCGAGAGCCUGAUUAAGCCCGUUCUCAAUGGGUUUGACAAGCUUGGUAUCAACUACACGUAUCAAGCAGAAGAAUUUGGCUAUUACCUGGAACAAUUCAAUGCCCAGACGCCGCUCGUUGAGGUUGGAGUGGCCCAAUAUGGUAGCUGGCUUCUUCCAAGGUCGAUCGUCGAGGACCCUAAGUCCCGACAUGAAUUGACAAAGUCCGUCCGUACCGUCCUUUCCUAUGGCGCUACCUUGACAACCGUGGGUAUCAAGGUGACUGAGGACGUCACUGGAGAUACUUACAACGCUGUCAACCCUGCAUGGCGCAACGCUAUUGCCCACACGCUGAUGUCCACCGCGUGGGAGUUUAAUGAGCCAGAGAAGAUGCUCAAGAAGCGAAAAUUGAUGACGGAAGUGCUGGUUCCUAGUCUGAGCAGGUUGGCCCCUGAAUCCGGCGCUUACCUGAAUGAGGCCGACUUCCGGCAGCCCAACUUUAAGACGACGUUCUAUGGCAAGAACUACGACAAGUUGCGCUCAAUCAAGGCCAAGUACGACCCCCACCACCUCUUCUACGGGCUGACUGCUGUUGGCUCUGAUGAGUGGACCGUCUCGGAGAGUGGGCGUAUGUGCCGUGCUUAA